AUGUCCUCGGAUCACUUCCAGAGGCUGGAGCAAGAGCCUAUCACAUCCGUCAAGAUGAUCCCGAAGCACUUUGGACUAAAAUACAGUGAAGAGUCGUAUAUGCUUAAAGAGCUUGAGAAGAUUCGCAAGGAGACUAAAACAGAAUUUCUCCAAUUCAAGCAGAGACUGGCCUACAAGCCCACCUUAGAGGAAGGUCUGGGCCACAGAUCCCACGAUGUCUGCCAGACCAGCCCUGGGCAGAGAAAGCAUAUUUUCCACAUUGGCUCCCGGAAGUCAUAUGGAUCCCUCCCUCCAGCUAAAGGCUCUGAGACCCUCCCUGUGGCCCUCCAGAAGGAGGCGCCCCAAGGCUCAGCGCCCUCCAAGGGCGCAAGUGGGGCUGUUCGUUCCUGGGAAAGCCGGCCAUUUCACCCUCAGGGCUUUUACAUGCGGAGCUCGGCGUUCCUCCGGCACCGGCCCCUGAAGCAGCCACCGGUCAUCGCCCCUGGGGCCGGCACAUCGAGGCGCGCGGUCCUCCUGCCACCCCCAGCGCCCCCGCAGAAGCCCAGGGUGCACCAGGUGCUGGGGAGUCUGCGGCCUGAGGCUUCCAGGCCUGUCCUUGACCUGGCCCGGGAGUGCAACGCGACCCUGGCAUUAACUGCGUUGUCUGACGUCUGCAAAGUCAAAGAUCGGAAGGUCAGCUCCGCAUCCAGUGAGGGCAGCGACACCCCAUGCUUGAGCAAGCGGAGGAGAGUGAAGAUUCGCACCCACCGCUUGUUGGAGGGCUCCAUCUGUGAGGGCCGGGAGGCUCUCCGCUUAGACCUGUCUAAAACAACCCGGGAGAGAGCUGCGCAGAGCGACCGAGACCAGCUGCCUGUGCGGGUGAUCCCCACAUCUAUAGAGGAGAUUAUCGCUUCGCUGCAGUCCGAGGCCCAACUGGCUACGGACCAGACCAUCAAAGAGCUCAUACAGAGUGUCCUUGGCCAGAACUACGACAUUAAAAUGGAACAAACUCUGCUUGAAGAACUUCCUGAAGACUUAUCUAGUAUAUUUCAAAUUGAACAAGAGGACAUAUCAGAAUGGGGAGUCUCAGACACAGGUAGUAUGGUAUCUAAACCUCAGGAAAUUCCAGAAGUUCAGCCGACAGAGGAAACACGUAACCUUUCAGAAGAUGAAGAGCCUGUAGAGGAUUCAAAAGCAGCCAAACGAGUGUCUCUAAAGGUGUCAUCAUCAGAAUUCUUACAAAUCAAAGGAAAAGAAGUUAAGCGAAUGAGGAAAAGUAAAUUUGGAUUUCAACAACAAAGACCAAGAAAAUCUUUAAAAUACACGAAGGAUCAAAAACUAGCUAAAAAGUAA